AUGGUUCCUGGCGGUGAGGACAAGGUUCCUGGCGGGGAGGACAAGGUUCCUGGGGGUGAGGACAAAGUUCCUGGCGGUGAGGACAAGGAUCCUGGCGGAGAGGACAAAGUUACUGGCGGUGAGGACAAGGUUUCUGGCGGUAAGGACAAUAUUCUUGGCGGUGAGGACAAGGUUCCUGGCGCUGUGGACAAGGUACUUUCGGUGAGGACAAGGCUCCUGGCGGUGAGGACAAGGUUCCUGGCUGUGAGGACAAGGUUUCUGGCUGUGAGGACAAUGUUUCUGGCGGUAAGGACAAGGUUCCUGGCGGUGAGGAGAAGGUCAAAGGCGGCGAGCACAAGGUUCCUGGCGGUGAGGGCAAGAUUACUGGAGGUGAGGACAAGGUUCCUGGCUGUGAAGAAAGGUUCCUGGCGAUGAGGACAAGGUUCCUUGUGGUGAGGACAAGGUUGCUGGCUGUGAGGACAAGGUUAGUGGCGGUGAGGACAAGGUUCCUGGCGGUGAGGACAAGGUUCCUGGCGGUGAGGGAAAGGUUCCUGGCGGUGAGGACAAGGUCUCUGGCGGUGAAGGCAAGUUUCCUGCUGGUGAGGACAAGAUUACUGGAGGUCAGGACAAGGUUCCUGGCGGUGAGGACAAGGUUCCUGGCGGUGAGGACAAGGUUCUUGGCGGUGAGAACAAGAUUCCUGGCGGUGACGACAAGGUUGCAGGCGGUGAGGGCAAGGUCCCUGGCGGUGAAGGCGAGUUUCCCGCCGUUGAGGACAAGAUUACUGGAGGUGAGGACAAGGUUCCUGGCGGUGAGGACAAGGUUCCUGCGGGUCAGGACAAGGUUCCUGGCUGUGAGGACAAGGUUCCUGGCGGUGAGGACAAAGUUCCCGGCGGUGAACACAAUGUCCCGGGCGGUGAGGGCAAGGUUCCUGGCGGUGAGGACAGGAUUACUGGAGAUGAGGACAAGGUUCCUAGCGGUGAGGACAAGGUUCCUGGCCGUGAGGACAAGGUUCGUGGUGAGGACAAGGUUACUGGCGGUGAGGACAGGAUUACUGGGGGUGAGGACAAGGUUCCUGGCGGUGAGGACAAGGUUCCUUGGCCCUUCUUGGUGGAGAGGACAAGGGUCCUGGUGGUGAGCACAAUGUUCCUGGCGGUGAGGACAAGAUUCCUGGCGCUCAGGACAAGGUUACUGGUGGUGACGACAAGAGUCAUGGUGAUCAGAACAAGGUUCCUGGGGAUGACGACAGGGUUCCUGGUGGUGUGGUCAAGCUUCCUGGUGGUGUACACAAGGUUCCUGGUGGUGAGGACAAGGUUCCUGGCGGUAAGGACAAGGUCUCUGGCGGUGAGGACAAGGUUCCUGGUGGCGAGGGAAGGGUCUUGGUGGUGAGGAGGUUCCUGCAGGUGAGGAGAACGUUCCUGGCGGGGACGACAAGGUUCCUGGCGGUGACGACAAGGUUCUUGGCGCUCAGGACAAGGUUACUGGCGGUGAGAACAAGGUUACUGGCGGUGAGCACAAGGUUCCUGGCGGUGAGGGCAAUGUUUCUGGCAGUGUGGACAAGGUUACAUACGGUGAGGACAAGGAUCCUGGCGCUGAGGGCAAUGAUUCUGGCGCUGAGGGCAAGGCUCCUGGCGGUGAGGACAAGGCUCCUGGCGGUGAGUAUAAGGUUCCUGGCGGUGAGGACAAAGUUUCUGGUUGUGAGGACAAUGUUUCUAGCGGUGAGGAGAAGGUUCCUGGCGGUGAGGACAAGGUUCCUGCCAGUGAGGACCAGGUUACUGACGGUGAGAACAAGGUUCCUGGCGUGGAGGACAAUGUUCCUGGGUUCCUGGCGGUGAGGACAAGGUUCCUGGCGGUGAGGACAAGGUUGCUGGAGGUGAAGAGAAGAUUCCUGGGUGAGAGGAGAAGGUUCCUGGCGGUGAGAACAAGUUUCCUGGGGGUGAGGACUAGGUCCCUGUUUUUGGGCUCAAGGAUCCCGGUGGCGAGGACAAGCUUCUUGCGGUGAGGACAUGGCUCCUGGCGGUAAGAACAAGGUUCCUGGCGAUGAGAACAAGGUUUCUGGUUGUUAGGGCAAUGUUUCUGGCUGUGAGGGCAAAGUUCGUCGCGGUAAGGACAAGGUUUCUGGCGGUGAGGACAAGGUUCCUGGCGGUGAGGACAAGGCUCCUGGUGGUGAGGACAAGGGUCUGGUGGUGAGGACAAUGUUUCUGGCGGUGACGAAAAGGUUUGUGGCCGUGACGACAAAGUUCCUGGCGGUGAGGACAAGGUUACUGGCGGUGAAGACAAGGUUCCUGGCGCUAAGGACAAGGUUCCUGGGGGAAGGGACAAGGUUCCUGGCGGUGAGGACAAGGUUCCUGACG